GCGGCGGCGCACUGGUUUAAGCGCUUCCCACAAUGCACUCGCAGAGGACCAGCGGGAAACCAAAAUGGCGAAUGCCCAGGGCCAAUAUGAACCGUUUGUUAUUUUCUGAUCCAAGCAUGAACCCCUCACGAUUCUCCGGCGCCCUUCUGAGAUAGCUGCGUUUGGGGAAAGCGCCGGGUUAGCUGCAUUCACGAUCCGGAGAAUAAUUUAGUUCCGCGUGUGUGUGUGAAAAGAAGCGGAUCAGCCCGAUGAGAGACUCCGGUGUAGUGGACCACCUUGCUCUCCAUCAGCACUCACCCGUGUCCCACCGGCAGCAGAGGUCCCUGUCCCCGCACGAGUUCGGAGACCGGUUCUCUGAGGGGCAGGAUGUGCUUGCUCGCUGGACUGAUGGGCUCUUCUACCUGGGAACGGUCACAAAGAUCGAUCAUGUAAAGCAGAGGUGCUUUGUGGUGUUUGAGGAUCGGUCCAAGUCCUGGGUGUUCUGGAAAGACAUCCAGACAGGUGAUGAAGAUGAUGAGGAUGAGGAGGACGAGGACAUUGUGUGCUCCAUUUGUCAGGAUGAAACCUCCGAAGAGCCCAAUGAAAUAGUCAUUUGUGACCAGUGUGGACAAGGUUACCAUCAGCUGUGCCACACUCCCAUCAUUGAUGCUGCUGUCAUCGACUCUGACGCCAAAUGGCUCUGCUCUGAGUGCUUAUCCAAGAGGGCGGGCUCCCAUCGCAGAAUAGCCACGCGCUAUCAUGACCCUGAUCCUGUGGAGAUGGAUAACUCCGGCCUGCGUCUAUCUUUUCCAUAUGAUCCCAAUGAGCUGGUGUGGAACCCGGGCCAUAAGACCAACAUGCAGCAGUGCUACUGUUACUGCGGCGGGCAGGGAGACUGGUACCUGAAGAUGAUGCAGUGCAGCAGGUGUCUGCAGUGGUUCCACGAGGACUGUCUCCACAGUUUACAAAUGCCCAUGCUCUACGGAGACCGGUUUUAUCUGUUUGUGUGCUCUGUUUGUAACCGUGGACCUGAAUACCUCACCCGACUGCCUCUGACAUGGGAGGAUGUGACUCACCUCAGCCUGUACAACCUUAGUGUCAUACACAAAAAGAAGUAUUUUGACUCAGAGUUGGACUUGAUGGUGUACAUUAACGACAACUGGGAUCUGCUGCAGUUAGGAGAGCUGGCUGAUACUCCCAGAUCUGAGCGAUUUGAAUAUGUUUUGGAGGCACUCACCAACAAUCCAAGCAUGUUCAUGUCCGGUAAAGAGGUGAAGAAGAAGAAGCACUGGUAUGGUUUGAGGAUCCGCUUUCCCCCAGCUCCUCCCAAUGCUGACGAGCCCACAGGCCGCAUGGAGAGGGCCUCACACGAGAUCACCAUCAAGGGCUGCAAGUCCGCCAAGACCCUCAACAACUCCAGAGAUGUUCACUCUUUAACCAACGGCACAGAGAAGAAGAAGAAAAAGAAGAAAAAGAGGAAGCAGGAGAGUCGCUGUGUGGAGCCCCGGCCUCAGCGCUCCAGCACGCACAUGUCCCAGGAAAUGAGAAAGCCUUUAGAGUCUCAUUCAAGGGAUCGAUUCCCUGCUAUCAAGAGUGACCGACCUCUGUGUCGAACGUCAGAUGUGGAAUCUAUAGGAGCCUUGAGCACCUCAGAAACUACCUCAACUAGCAUUUCAAGACCAUCUAGCCUUUGUAGUUCCAACAAGACUCGCCCAGCGCCCGUCAGCAUUACGCCUCUUAGCUCUCCACCGUUAAAAAGGAAGCGUGGGCGUCCCAGGAGAUCAGCCCCGCCCCCUAUCCCCAAUAUCCCGCCCCCCAGUGAACCAGACCCUCUCCCCAGCGCCACAGAGCUGCUCAGUCCCCUGCAUGGUCUCCACUCCACGGACAUAAUCCACGGCAUGGACCCCAACAGUCAGAUGUCCCACCUCCGCAGCUCCAUCAGCAGCUACUUUGGCCCAGCUGGACGCUUGGCCUGCGGGGAGAGGUACAAAGUGUUGGCCCGGAGAGUCACACUGGAUGGGAGGGUGCAGUAUCUGGUGGAGUGGGAAGGAGUCACUGCUUCAUAAGAAUUUUCCACCACCAAGCCACCCAUCAAGUCUGUGUUAUGAAAGGACCCAUAUUACGCUGUUUUUUGAUCUAUGUGCUAAUGUUGUUUCCUCAUCAAAAACAGACCUGAAGUUUUGUUUCAUUCUCAUACAAACCCUGCAUAUUUAGGCAGAUGAGUUCUUCUCUCAAACAAAAUUCAGGAAUAUAUCCCAGUGUUUUUAAACUACAUACACCUUCACUAGAAUAAAUUGGAUCAUUUCAGUCCUGGUAUUACCUAUUACUACUGAACAAAAUGUAAAAGAUAGUGGUUAACAUCACAACAUCACAAGGUGAAACAGAGCAUUUUGAGAUUUGGAAAUGUAGACCGAUUUAUAAAAGACAAACAUGUAAGAAUGAAACAAAACAUCUCCAGGUAUGUUUUUGAUGAGAUAACAUUUUAACAAGACUUAAAGCUUAAAAGAGUACAAUUUGCGUAAUUAGGACCUUUAAGAAAUCUAUUUGAAAUUGAAUGCACCGCGCUAUUGCCUUGGACUUUUAGAAGAAAUCAUUGCUUUGUCCACCACUUGCCUUUUUCGGACAGCUUAACUGAAUCUAUGGACGUGCUAACAUUCCAGCAUCUGUCCUCCUGUUUGUGAUGCUAGGUGUUGUCUUUGCCAUUAAUUUCUGUUGUGAAGCAAAAAAAAAGAUGUGCUGCUGCAAAUGUUUAUUAUUUUAUAUAGAGUUAUGCUACAUCUAUUAUUAUUAUAGCCUAUUCUUUUAUUUAGUGAGUGCUUGCACUUAAUAUUUAGCUUUGAAACAAGGCAGCAUUUUGUAUCCCAGUUAAAAGUUCUCGCUUCAAAAGCCAACACAAGUCAAAUUCUAAGCAGUGACUUUGUUAUGUAUUUUUUAUGCUAUAAUCAUAGGGAUUGAACAAUGUAAAUUCUCACAUAAUUUGAUUCAUGUUUUGGUUUUAUUUACAAAUUUAGCUAAAAAACGUACAACUAGAGCUCAGUGUCAUCCUUCCCAGUAUUUGUUUUAAAUAAUGCUCUAUAAACCAAUUUCAGACAUUCAUUUAUAGUUAUAAUGAUGUCAAACUAUUUAAGUCAGCGGAUUGUCAAAGUGUUAACACUUGAUAAAAAGUAUUCUGUCAUUUCAUUUUUUUUCAGCCAUUUUUGUUUAUUUACUUUCAAAUAUUAUUUUAAUCUCUGUUGAGAUUAUCGAGCAAAGUGUAAAAGUGUUGAUAAUGUCUCUUCAUUUUGAUGUUGUCCAUAUGUUCAGCCAGUGUCAUGUUUUCUGUGUACUGUGACUGACUCAACAGGCUAACCAAGCCAAAGAAUCAUCCAUGCAAACUUUUGUUACAUUACAUACUUUUAUUUACAAUCGUACAUCGCUGUAGAGAUGACAUGUUAUUUUUGAACCGGUUUUCUACAGAAUAAAUAUUUUCAAUUGACUAAGAA